AUGACGGAGACCCGCUUCAAGGCCAGUACCCGCAGCAGCAACAGUAACAGCAACAGCCGUAACAGCAGCAGCAGCAGCAAAGCAGCAGCAGCUGCAGCAGCAACAACUGGCCUAACCACAACCGCAACAACAGAAGCAAAACGAGCAGCAGCAGCAGCAGCAGCAGCAGCAGAUGCAGAUGCUUACGAGGGCAUAUGUCUCCCCACAGAGUCCGUAGAUGCCGCCUAG